AUGCGCAACCUCAAGAAUGUGCGCCUCGCGGAGGUGCAGCUUCAAAACGAUCUCCCUUUAACAUCGACAGCUUGGGAUGCUGCCUUAGAUGCAGUGGUUUGCACAUUUGGGCCUGCGGAAGGAAACCCAGUCAUCGAGCUCCGGAGAAAGCGCCAGGAUGCAUACUUUUUAGACCCCGUCAGCGCAGAUGCGUUUGACUCUAUUGCGUCGUGGGAUGCGCCGUGUCCACUGCCUGAUCUUCCUUGUGAUCGGGUGCUCUCCCUUCAUUACUUUGCAGACAACCUGACGGCUUGUUUGGUGCUGGAAGGAGGAGACAUCAUCGUUGUUCGAGAGGAACCUCUACCCGGCGAGGACAAGAUCGAGAUUCUCGGAUCCGUCGAUGUUGGUAUCACUGCAGCUGCUUGGUCUCCCGAUGAAGAAAUGUUGACCCUGACGACGAGGGCCAACACGUUCCUUUACAUGACUCGGGAAUUCGAGAACGUGGCGGCCGUUACGUUCACUCCAGAAGAUCUCCAGGCAUCGCAGCAUGUUUCCGUUGGUUGGGGUAAGCGAGAGACGCAGUUCCAAGGAAAGCGAGCCAAAGCACUUCGCGACCCAACUGUCCCAGAGAAGGUCGACGAGGGUAAACUGAGCAGCCAUGACGAUGGAAGUGCCACGAUCACCUGGCGUGGAGACGGUGCUUACGUCGCUGUGAACACAAUUGAAGGAGGUACUCGCCGAGUCAUUAGGGUCUAUUCAAGAGAAGGUACCCUGGACAGCGUGAGUGAGCCUGUCGAUAGACUCGAGGGUGCUUUGAGCUGGAGACCCUCCGGUAAUCUCAUCGCUGGUGUUCAACGGCUUGAGGAUAAGAUCAAUGUGGUCUUCUUUGAACGGAACGGCCUGCGCCAUGGAGAGUUCACACUCCGCCUUACAGAAGAAGAAAGAGCUUCCUGGGCUUCUAACAUCCACCUCAGUUGGAAUAUUGAUUCAACGGUGCUGGCAGUCCGUUUCAAGGACAGGAUACAGUUCUGGACAACGGGGAACUACUAUUACUACCUCAAGCAGGAAAUACCCGUGCUGGUAGACCCGUUGUUUCCUCUUUCAUACUCUUUCAAGUGGCACCAGGAAAAGGCCUUGCGUUUUGUUGCGGGCGCUUCAGCCUCAGUUCUGGAAGUGGAGUUCGUAUUCGACGUUGCAAACGGUUCAACUUUGAUUCCCCACGAUGUCGGUGCCGUGGCAGUUAUUGAUGGCAAAAACUUCAAGUUGACCCCCUUGAGACUAUCAGGGGUGCCACCCCCAAUGGCUCACAACGAGCUGAUCCUUGAUUCAAAUGCUAUCGAUGUCGCAUUCAGCAAGUCAGGUACCCGCAUUGCUGUCUUGAUGAACGACCGUUUCUCCGUCUUCUUGUGGGCCCUGAAGAACCGGCCGGUUCCUAUUCCGAUCCUAGAGUCGAGUUAUCCGCUGUCAGAUGCGCCAGACAGUCGGCCACGCCAAAUCGCUUUCCUGAACGAGACUGAAGUUUACGUGCUCAAGAACGGUGGUCCGAAUAAUGCUCAGAUCGAACGAACCACGCUGGAGACCCGCGUCACUAAGAUCGUACAUCAAACAGCCGACUCAGAGCAAUUGUUCUCCAUUUUCCCAUCAUUGGGCCAUGAAACUCUCUGGCUAUCACACGUUAGCCAGCAUGGGCAACCUGUUUCUUACUCCAAUAUCGAGCCACUAUCGGGUGAUGAAUUCCAAGUGGUUCCCUGGGCUCAGUCUCCAACUGUCGAUACACACUGGGCGAAGGCUGUCCAUAUCUCUGAAGAUAAUGAUAUCCUGGUUUCAAUGACGAGAACUGGGUCUCUGUACGCGAACAAGCAGUUGCUCGCAAGGAACUGCACUUCGUUCCUUGUAACCACUGCACAUAUCAUAUUUACUACCUCUCAGCAUCUCCUCAAGUUCGUGCAUCUGAAUAGUUUUGAAGAGCUGGAAGUCCCUGGUGAUACCCCUGAGACAGACGAACGUUGCAGGAAUAUCGAGCGUGGAGGAAAGUUGGUGACUGUCACGCCAUCUAACUUUGCUGUUACUUUACAGAUGCCCCGUGGUAAUCUUGAAACGAUAUACCCACGAGCUCUCGUUCUGUCAGGUGUACGAACCUUCAUUGAUCGCAAGGACUAUCGGUCUGCGUUCAUGGCUUGCCGCAGUCAGAUGGUGGACCUGAACAUCCUCCAUGAUUAUGCCCCGGAGCAGUUCAUGGAGAAUGUCGGGCUGUUUGUUGAUCAAGUGAAGAGGGUCGAUUUCGUUGACGAGUUCAUAUCCCGUUUGAGUGAGGACGACGUUUCGCAGACUCUCUAUCAGGAUACACUCAAGAUCGCGAAGACAGAAACCGCAACCACGGCGCAGUCGGCGCCUGCACCCCGCAAGCUCCCUAGCAAGGGCAGUAAGGUUAACCGGAUCUGCGAUGCGUUUUUGGUAACUUUGGACAAGCGGAUCGAUACCAAUCUACACAAUCUCAUUACUGCCCAUGUCUGCAAAUCGCCCCCAGAUCUCGAAGCUGGUUUGCGGCUUGUUGCCCGUUUGAGAGAACAAGAUUCAGAGCAAGCGGAAGAUGCUAUCGAGCACAUGUGCUUCUUGACAGAUGCUAAUCUUCUUUACCACCACGCCCUGGGACUGUAUGAUCUUGAGCUCACACUACUAGUUGCUCAGCAAGCUCAGAGGGAUCCGCGCGAGUACCUACCAUUCCUGCGGAAACUCCAGCAGCUCCCUGAGCUUCGAAAGCACUUCGAAAUCGAUAACUACCUCGGACGCUGGGCCAAAGCAUUGAAGGGACUGCACGCACUAGGCGCAGAUGAUGAGCUGCGGGCAUACGCCAUCAAGCACGAUCUGUACAAGGAAGCCAUCGACGCCUACAAGUACCAGCCCGAGCAGCUGCGUGACAUCACUCAUCUCUACGCCGACUAUCUCCGCGACCAGUCGCAGCACAAAGAUGCAGGCAUUGCCUACGAAUCACUUUCCCUUUACGACGACGCCUACAAAUGCUUCAACAUCGCCCACCUCUGGCGCGAGUCCCUCUACUGCGCUAUGAUGGUCCCUCUCUCUGAAGCAGAACUCAACGAGCACGCUCUUAACCUAGCAAACACCCUCGUCGAGGAAAGCCGUGACUACGUGUCCGCUGCUACAAUCUACACAGAGCACCUGCACGAAAUCGACACCGCCGCUCGCCUCCUCUGCCGCGGCUCCCGUUUCGCAGACGCAACACGCUUGCUUACCCUCACAGGCAAGAAGAAUCUUAUCCCUGAUAUCGUGGACAGUGGUCUCGCAGAUGCAAUGGGUUCAAUGACCGAUCUCCUUGCCGACUUCCGCUCUCAGCUUAACGCGCAAGUACCCCGGGUCCAGGAACUCCGUACUCGCCGUGCGGAAGAUCCACUGGCCUACUUCGGAGGCGAUCCCACAACCGGUGAAGGUAUCGAGAUCCCGGAUAACGUCUCCCUCGCACCAACUGAAGCCACCACACUCGCUGGCCGGAGUAUGUUCACGAGAUACACCGGCAACACGGCCUCCUCGCGGCAGACAUCCCGCACACGAAGACGUGAAGAGCGGAAGCGCGCACGUGGUAAGAAGGGUACUGUCUAUGAGGAAGAGUAUCUGGUGAACAGUGUGCGGCGGCUUAUUGAACGCGCCAACUCGACUGUGUCCGAAGUGGAGUCGUUGGUCGAUGCGCUUCUGAGACGGGGGAUGCGUGAGCGCGCUGCUGCUAUUGAGAAGGCGUUGCAGGAGGUGUUGAAGAUGUGCGCUGAUGCGAGAGAAGAGGUGUUUGAGACGACUGCUCUGCAGGAGGUUGAUCUGGGCCAGGGUGAGAACGUAACUGGCGAAGAAGGAAUCAGGCCGACUGGAGGACAGGGUGUUUUCUGGGAUAGCGUGGUGUCGACUACGGCUACUGGAAAACCGCGUGAUGCUCCGGCGGUUAAAGAGACGAAGAAGUCUUCGUUGCUGGCUUGA